CCUGAUGAUGGGUGCUAACCGGAAGUAAACAGUGCGGCCUGGCCCACGUAAUCAACAUGGCCCUGGUGAGGUCUUACAUCGGGAGGAGAGCCGUACACCUUUCACACCAAACAUGUAGCGGUUCUCUCCUGAUCGCGGACGGUUGUCCCCGCAGAGACGCGCUCUCCGUCUUGUCUUCAUCGAGAGCUUGUUGGAGGGGAGAUGGUCCCUCAGACAGCGGUCCGCCUCCCGAGGAGGUGACCGCUGCAGGUCAGCCGGCGGGUUAUGCAACAGCAGAAAAGUUCCUGAGAAGCUCCCGGCUCAGAUGUUGGACUAAAUCUAAACCUUCGAAAAGGUCAUGGGUCGACAGAAUGACGCGUGGAGAUCGGGGACUUCUGGGGGACCUUUGGGGACCUGAGGUCCAUCUCGUCAGGGCCUACAGCGGUAACAACAGUACACCUCUGCACAAAACCAAGACGGGCUACUACGAGGUGCUGGAGGUGUCUCCCGGCGCCACACACUCCCAGAUCAAGACCGCCUACUACAAGCAGUCCUUCAAGUUCCACCCGGACAAGAACGCGGGCAGCGAGGAGGCGACGCGCCUCUUCUCGGACAUCAGCGAGGCCUAUAACGUGCUGGGGAACCAGGGGCUGAAAAAGAAGUACGACCGAGGCAUCCUGAGCCACUCGGACCUGGUGGGCUCCUCCAGACCGUCGGCCAAGGAGACGAGCAGCUCCACCAAACCGCAACCCACGUCACGUACCUCCGUGCUGGGGACGGAGAGCCAGAAGAUAUUCGACUUCGAUAAGUUUAUCAAGUCGCACUACGGGGGGCAGCUGCAGAAACAGAGAGAAGUGCAGGUGCGCAAAGAGGAGAUGAUGCGAAAGAAGGAGUCGGAUAUACACGAGUGGAAGUUGGACAAGAUCCUCGAGAUGGCGGUGGGGGUCCUGGUCGUGAUUGCGGUUUCCAUUGUGUUCAGUUUGAAGAAAGGGAACUAAUAACAUGAGAUGAGAUGGGAGUUCACUGGGUCUAUUGUAUAGACUACACGGGGUAUUCUAGUUUUAGUAACAUUCAGAGUUGGCCUUUACAUCUCUGUAAACUGUCAGUUAUACACAUUGUCCAACACAGCAAGACAAUGUAUGUUAUUUUGUUUUUGCGUUGUGUUCGAGGGUGAGUGCAUUUAUGUUAAAUGGUGCUACUGGGUAUUUGAGGAUGCAUCAGCCCAAUCCGAGACACUACAGAUCCACGUGUCGGGUAUUUAUGAAGUAAAUUGAUUCCGCACAUCCACUCAAAGCAUUGAUGGUUUUACUCACUGGGACUGUGUUCUGUGCAUUGGCCAACAGCUCAUAUCCCUUUGGCUUUUAUAAAGUCAUCGCAUCAGGCAUAUUGUAAUCCAGUCAUUUAUCUCUAUGGGAAAAUAUAACGGAGGUUUUAAAACGUUUUAAAGCUUGUUGGGGAAGUGUGACAAGGGAUAGGCAGUAGGUUUAUUUGAUUUGGCCAAAUAAUUGAUAUGCCCGUUUUAUUUAUCUAUUAAUGGAAUGAUUUGUUCUGAAGACUUUGAUCAUAUUCUUAUGUUCAUUUGUGCAAUAUGCCUUCAGGUCUCCUGUCAGCACAUUCAAAUAAAAAUCCUAUGCUGGUGAUUAGCAUUGACCUUUACAAAGA